CCCAAAUGCUUCGUCUGUGAACUGUAGAGUGAAGACUAAAGAGGCGAUCGACCUUGUCGUUGGCUUCAAUGGCGACGCCGGCUGGAACCAUGGAGAACCCGGCGGCGCCGGCCCCUCCGGCCACUGACAUGACCGGGAUAUGCUUCAGGGACCAAUUGUGGCUCAACACUUACCCUCUCGACCGGAACCUGGUGUUCGACUACUUCGCCCUCUCCCCAUUCUACGAUUACAGCUGCAACAACGAGCAGCUCCGGCGCAACUCCAUCCAUCCCCUCGACAUGUCUCAUCUCGCGAAAAUGACCGGUGUUGAGUAUGUGUUGAGCGAAGUACUGGAACCUAACCUCUUUGUCAUUCGUAAGCAAAAGAGAGAUAGUUCUGAUAAACCGACACACAUGCUGACCUACUACGUUUUAGAUGGUUCUAUAUACCAAGCACCACAGCUUUGCAAUGUAUUUGCAGCUCGAGUUGGGAGGGCUCUUUAUUACAUAUCGAAGGCUUUUUCAACUGCUGCCUCGAAGCUUGAAAAGAUUGGUCAUGUUGAUGAAGAAGAUGAGAGUUCCCCUUCGGAAUCACAGGCCAGCAAGGAGACAAUCGACUUCAAAGAAAUGAAGCGAAUUGAUCACAUCCUUGCAACCCUACAUCGCACGCUUCCGCCAGCGCCUCCACCACCAUCAUUCCCUGAGGGCUACACCCCUCCAACUGCAGAAGCCGAAAAUAAAGGCGGUGAGGCACAGCCAGCAGGAGAAACAGUUCCUUCUGUCGACCCCGUCAUUGAUCAUGGCCCCGCUAAAAGGAUGAAGUUCUAACAGAGGAAUGCCGUUACUCUUAAGUCGACUGUAGAAUUUUAUAGUCAUGGUUCGCCUGUAUUUCUAAAGCUGUCUGGAAGAUUAUAUUUGUAUGUAAAUUAUUCGAACAAAGGACCAUUUUCUUAUGAGGAUCUUGUACCAAAAGUUCAACUUGUAAACUUAGCAUUCAACAGGUUCUCCCAAACAAUGUCAUAUUGCAGAUUUCGGAAUGAUGCAUGUUACGUAGGUCAA